AUGGACACUCAUCCAGAUGGAAGACGAACCGGACAUGCUCCUACGAUUCUCCACUCUGCACCGACUCUUAAGAGUCACGGCUUGGUGUCUUCAGUGGCGACAGGCAGCCCCCCACGCGACAAGCGUCACCACGCUGGCUAUCCACAGACACUCCAACCGCAACAUCUCGAUAUGGCACUGCAACGAUGGCUCAGGAUAGUGCAAGGGAUACACUACCCCGACGAGGUCAAGGCAGUGACGGCAGGUCGAGCUGUCUCACUCCGGAGCCGACUCGUCAAGUUGAGCCCCUUCCUCGACAACAACGGCAUCCUGAGAGUCGGAGGACGACUCAAGAACGCGCAGCUCUCCCACGACGAGCGCCAUCCGUUGAUAGCACCCCCGUCGUCAUGGCUGACUCGCCUCAUCGUAGAGUCAUGCCAUCGGCGAACCUUACACGGAGGAGUGCAGCUAACGCUUGGUUCUCUUCGCCAACGGUUCUGGAUUCCAUGCGGCAGGGCGCUGGUGAAGCGACUGCUGCAUCAAUGCACAACUUGCACGAGAUGGCGGGCCGCUUCACCGCAACCUCCGAUGGGUAGCCUACCACCGGCACGGAUCAUCCCGGCUCGCCCGUUCCUCCGGACCGGCAUAGACUACGCCGGCCCGAUCCAAAUCCGCACGAGCAAGGGACGAGGACAUCGAGCACACAAGGCGUUCAUAGCCGUCUUUAUUUGCCUCGUCUCCAAGGCGGUCCACCUCGAAGUCGUCUCAGACUACACGACGGAGGCCUUCCUGGCCGCCCUCCGCCGCUUCACUUCCCGCCGGGGGCUCUGCUCUGACAUCUACUCCGACUGUGGGACCAACUUCGUUGGAGCAGACAGAGCGCUGCGUGAGCUUCUCCGCGCGUCGUCACCCGACGGCCGUCGCUUAGCUCAUGAUGCUGCCACGCAAGGUAUUCGGUGGCAUUUUAAUCCACCCGCCGCACCAAACUUCGGCGGUUUAUGGGAGGCGGCGGUGAAAUCCACUAAGUUCCACCUGCGACGAGUCAUCGGCGAAACCACGCUCACGUACGAGGAGAUGAGCACCUUCCUGGCGCAAGUCGAGGCCUGCUUGAACUCGCGACCUAUUCAAGCCCUCUCCGACGAUCCCGACGACCUCUCACCACUAACUCCUGGCCACUUCCUCAUUGGAGCUCCCUUACUAGCAAUACCUGAGCCUUCACUGUGCGAGAGGGCCGACAACUCAAUCACUCGAUGGCAACACGUGCAAAAAAUGCGUGACCAUUUUUGGCAAAGAUGGUCACGCGAAUGCAUCCACCAAAUGGCCUCCCGACCAAAAUGGGUGAAGCACGGACCGACUCCGGACAUCGGCGCUCUAUGCUUGGUCCGCUCCGAGACUACUCCACCGAAUCGAUGGCCCCUUGCCAGGAUCACCAAACUGCAUCCCGGAGAUGACGGCAUCGUUCGAGUGGUAUCAGUACGCACAGCCACUUCCGAGCUCCUUCGUCCACUCACCAAGCUCGUUCUGCUUCCAGGAGCCGCAACCGAGACCUUCGAUCCUUAG